AUGGUGGCACAGCACCUCAACACGGAGCACCACGAGAUAUUCUUCACUCAGGAGGAGGGAUUUCAGGCAGUUCGUGACGUCAUCUACACCCUGGAGACCUAUGACAGCCUCACUAUCCGGGGGGAAGGCUCAGAUGAAGUGUGUCAGGGAUACAUCUACUUCCACAAGGCACCGAUGCCAAAGGAGGGAGACAGGGAUUCACGUCGGCUUUUGCAGGAGAUCUACCUCUACGACGGCCUCAGAGCUGACCGCUCGGUGGCUGCGCAUGGUCUGGAACUCCGGGUCCCCUUCCUGGACAAGUUCUUCACGUCCUACUACCUCUCCCUCUCCCCCGAAGAGAGGCAGCCUCGGGAAGGCAUCGAGAAGUACCUCCUGAGAAAGUCUUUCAGUGACAGAGGGAUUCUGCCUGAUGCCGUUCUCUGGCGUCCAAAAGAGGGAUUUAGUGAUGGUUUGACUUCAAAGAGAAAGUCCUGGUUUGAAUAUCUCCAAGACAUCAUUAAAGACAAGAUCAGUGACUCUAUGCUCUCUGAGGCAGGAGAGCGAUUCAAAGGGGUUGUCCCUGCUACUAAAGAGGCUUAUUACUACCGUCAGGUGUUUGAAGAGUUGUAUCCAGGCAGACACUCCCUCAUCCCCCGCUACUGGAUGCCCAAGUGGUGUGACGCUACCGACCCUUCUGCAAGAGUCCUCUUACAUUAUAAGUAG